CAGCGGAGGAAUCUCACUUGAAGUGGGAAAACGCUCCUGGAUUGAGCCCCGAACACUGGCAUGCUCGUCAAGAUGCUGGCGCCACUGCAUCUGAGCACUAGUCUAUGCCAACAGUGCAGCUUUUCUGCUAGCACGGCGGGCUUGUCCGUUCCGCUCGAGCUCAUCCGCGCCCACAUCCUGCCUACUGAAAAGGAUGAGUGCUCUAUCAGAAAUGCCAUAGCUUCCGAAACGUCAGUGCUCUCCGGCAUCGACGAGCAAAUAUCCUGCAUGCAACGCCAGCUUGAUGAGCUGAGGGCUCAUCGAGAGACAUUUCGCACCCAUAUCGAGCGCAAACACACGCUGCUGUCCCCGAUUCGCCGCCUGCCACCCGAGCUCACGGGAAGAAUCCUCGAGAUGGUGAUCGUAGAUACCCUCCGCCAAAAGGGUGGCCGAUCUCUCGUCAAGGUGCACCCCUUGCUUCAGGUUUGCCACCGCUGGCGGAACAUUGUGCUGGGCAUGCCAUAUAUUUGGGCAGACAUCGCGCUAUUCCCGUAUUGCGAUGCUGAUUGGGACGACGUACUCGCCGACCGCGUGGAGAGAUCUCGGCCGCUCUCGCUGCACCUCACCGUUACCGGUACCGAGGAGGCAGUGGAGGCAGAGACCCAGUCGCAAUCCCAAGUAGAUCCUGAGUCCGUGGCUCGUUGGCAGCAUUUCAGCGAUAUCUUCAACUCAUUCUCGGAUCGAUGGCGCUCCGUGUGCUUCGACACGCUGUGUCCGCCCACGCCAUACCAGCCCACCUUUUCUCGCCUGACCUCAUUGUACCUGAGGCGAACAUUCGACAACCCAGGAUCACCGUCGUUGGCGCUGUUCGCGAACGCCCCUGCUCUAGUGAAUGUUCGCAUACAGGAUGUGUUCUUUGCAGGCCUGACCUUGCCAUGGCGGCAGCUGCGACACUUGACUGUGUGCCUGCGCCCUAGCGAGUCGACGCGCAAGUUCCGCGAUGUGCUGGAGCAAUGCGUAUUUUUGGUGGAACUCGCGUGUACGGCUCAUAGGGAGAGUACAAGUCCAAGCCCAUUGAUCGUCCUGCCCAAUCUGCGGUGCCUCACGUUGAGACACUCGGCUCUCCGACUGCUUUGGUUCCUUUGGAUACCCAAGAUACGAGAGGUGCACCUACUCAGCGACGCCAGCGUUGAGAACGAGCACCAACAAGGCUACAUCCUCAAGGACAUUAUCACCAGUAUCCCCACACCAGAGUUGACGGUCAUAACCUGUUCAGUGGUCGGAUCUGAGUGGCAGCAAUCUCUCCUUCCACACCUCGCGCGAAUCAGCCACUUGCGCAUCAUCGACGAGCAUUCGGACAACCAACUCGAGUCUAUGGACAUAAUGGCCGCCGUCGUCCGCAAAAGCGGAUACUUCCUGAAAAUUACGAGAUUGGACCUGCUUUCCCUCAUCAUUGACGGCGAAGCCAAAGCCCGAGCCGUGGAAGAAUUACUGGAUAGUUGUCCAAUAGAUCUGGAGGUUGACGAUCUAUGCACCUAUCGAGAGCGUCUAUCGACGUACGCGCGGUCGAGAGGGUGCAAGAUUUACGAGGGAGGUGCUCCCUUCAUAGGACACCCUGGCCGCUGCAGGCAGGAGGCGGAGGACUCAGCGUGGGAGGAUAUAUGUGCCCGGAGCUGGGAGGACGGUGUUGACAGCAUGCAGUAG